CCUCCCCUCUGUAGAUUUGAAUCCGUGAGUCAGUUCUGGUGAUGUCUGCAUUCAGGAUGACUGUGCCUUCUCCAGAAGUUGUUCUCCACCUCUGCCUUAUAGUCUUGGCCUUCACCAAUGUUUCAGGAGGAGAGGAUGUCCCUAUCAUACUGAAUGGUCUUAUAAACCAAUCCAUCCCAAUGUCACUGAGUGGAGGUCCAUCAGAUCCUGUACUUCUAGUAACCUGGAACUUCAAAACAACCCCAUUGGCGACUUACACAAAUAAUCAGUUUAUUAUUAUAGAUAAAAAGUUUAAAGGAAGACUGGAGAUAUUGGAUGAUGGGAGAGUGCUGAGUAUUGGACAUCUGAGAAUGGAGGACAGUGGACUGUAUACUGGAACUAUAAUUUUUACUGACAACACAAACUAUCAGAAAGUCUACAACCUCAGUGUAUAUGAACCUGUUCUUACCCCAACUAUAAGAAUUGCAGAAAGGAAAAAGACUAAUGACUGGUGCAAUGCAACCCUUAAUUGUUUUACCCCAACAAACAAAUCAUCAUUGUCCUAUACCUGGAAAUACAGACACAAAAAUUCCACUUAUCAGCUUUAUAAUAAUUCUGGAGACACAAUCCAGAUAACAUUGAUGAAUGACUCCUGGGAUAGGGAGUUUCUGUGUACAGUACAAAACCCCGCUGACCUGAAGAACGUCUCUGUGCUGAAGAUCUGUUCAGAUAAUAAAGAAGUAACAAGAAACCUCAGAACUUAUGGAUUUUUAGGUCUAAUAGUAUUGAUAUUGAUUAUACCAUUGGCUUUCCUAGGAUGGUAUCUCAUUAUGAAGAGAAAACGAAGAAAAGCAGGAACCCCAGAUGUAACUGAAAAUAAAAAUGGGGAACCACAGUAUAUUCAAGUCACAACCUUCCAGCCAAAUGAUGACAGACAGGAAUGGAAAAACGACCUAUAUGAUUGCUCGCCUCGGCAAAAGCCUAAAGCAGUGACGGUUUAUGCUACACUGGAACAUCCACCAGAAACAUAUAGAUGACAGUAAUAAUACACAGCUCUCUGUUGUAUAAAACUGGCACAUUAGCCACGCUGAAGACUCUCCACUAACCUCUUUCUGUUCCUGGGCUUUAUAUUAUCUGGCACAGGACGGCUUAUGGAGUAAAUUAACACAGCCUCUCAAUCGCUUGCAGAUAGAUGGAGUUCAGCGUGUAAAUACUUGCUGAAUAAUGUAAACUUUCAACACCAUUUAAUCAAGAACGCAGCAAAAAUGUUUAAAACUCUAUGUAUGGAAUACAGGAACUCAUUCCAGACAGUCGACAAUCCUGACCACAAGACAUAAGGCGUCAUGAAGACUGUUUAGUGCAGAUUGCUAUUUAUAUGUAUCAUUUUAAUAUAUACAAUUUUUUAAUUUGACUAACAAAACUUUGCCCGUUCACUGAAUGGACUGCAGUGGUGAAGGGCUCAUAAUGGCGCAUUGGUACAGUGGGGAUGAGAACUAAGUCAUGAAUCAGUGCAGUGGCAGCGAGUGCAGAGUUGGGCAAGUUGGGCAGAGUUGCACCCCUGGCAGCAGGGGAAUGGGUGAUAGGUGCUGUGGUAAGAAUGGGGGAUGAUGUGCAGGUGUAGAGUGUGAGGAGGAGGACGGGUAUCAGCUGUGGUGGUGAGAGCACCAAGGGUUUAGGUAUGAAGAUGAGAACCACAGAUAGGUUAUUCUUUGUGGGAGACUGGUAUGUAUGGGAUCACUAGAGUUUAGCUCCACUGUCAAAGUAUGCAUGGUAGAUAGGGUUGCCUCCUGUCCAGUGGACUGAAACCCGGACACAUGAUUAAGACGGGACUGUGGCUUCCCAAGUAACUAAGAUAGUCACACACAAAUCUGUUGCCAUCCGGGAGCUGCGGGCGACUGUCUGGGAGCAGGUUCGGCAUCACUGGGGGGCAGGGUGAUGAUGUCAGCAAAAGCAAUUUGGCCACACCUACAUUUUGCUGCAGCACGCUAUGCGCACUGCAUUACUACUCUCCUUGGGGCACCCAAAGUGUUCGGGUUUGGCUUGAAGAAAAGGUGGCAGCCCUAAUGGUAGAACCCCAAAGACUUUUACAGUGUCAGCGGACAGAUCAGUCUCCUAGCCUCAUAGAAGCUUUUAAGGGUCUACUGCACACAUAAUGGCGGUUUGGGACGUAGGGACCCAUUUAUACUGGAUGUAGGUCACAUGGAUGUUGGGACUUCCUCCCCUCAUCUGUAGACCUGGACACUGCUCUGUUCAAUAUGGCUGUUAAUCAAGUGAAUAAUGGUGGUAAUUUAAAAAGCAGCAUAUAAAAGAGCCCUGCACAGCAAUAUGCUUUAAAGAUGUGCAUUAUGCUGCACUAGCAUGGGAAAUCUGAAGCCAAUAUAGCAUCAUUUUGAAGGAAUUUCAAAGCUGAGGGGACAGCCCAGUCGCAGAACCUGAAGAGAGCCCAGUCAGACAAGGGGGCAAAUAUAAUAUUUCAAAAGUAAGUCUGUACAGUCAAAAUAAUAUACAAUGGAAUAUUCAAACUGUCAGAUAAGCCCAAUCGGGUCAAGUUGUCUGUAAGUGCACCUUGCUUGAAUGUCCGUAAAUUGCCUAUAGCAGCUGAACAUUUUGAAGACCUUCAGCCAUUUGUCUCUGAUCAUUUGUGCACCUUCAAUAGCUCUAUUUUCAGUUCUUCAUGAGAUGAAGCCAGCCACAUUUCCAACAUCCCAAAAGCCUAGAUAAGCUGUUGCCUUCCACAACCCACAAAAACCUCUGGAGGUCACAUCGAUUCAUUCUACGCUAACCUUUGGUAAAGCCAUGAGAACGCAGUCUGAACAUAUUUCUCAAGAACUCAGUUAAAGGGAGCAGACAUUAGAUGUGUAUACACUUUCUUGAUAUAUAAGUGUUAUGGUCAUGACAUUUCAUACAUUUUCUUUUUAUUUAAAGAAAAUAUUUUAUAUAUUUUUUUAUAUUUAUAGUUAGCAGACAUACUGUAGUUGCUUUUCACGUGUUUUACUGAAUAUAUGUAGCUCCUCUGUUAAAAUAAAAGUCCUGUUUACAUAGCUCAAUAGCUCAAGCUGGGAUUUACAAACACAAGUGAAUAUGUUAGAGCAUUGGCUUUGCCACCUACCUCCUUCUCUGCAAUAGGUAGCUGCAAACAGAGACAGAAAGGAUAUCCACAAUCUCCCCCAUUGUAAUAUCCACAGACAUCUCCCCCACUGUAAUAUCUACAAUCACCCCCACUGUAAU